GAUUGCUUUCUCAAUGUAGUCCUAACGUAUUAAUUAUAACUAUUGCGAAUUAUAUUAAUUUAAUUUAUGAAAUUGUACAAAUUCUGAUGUAAAUUGUUUCUUCUAUUGUAUUAGGCAAUACACGUGUGAUUGAAAACAAGAUAUUAUUAUUAGGAUUGUUAUCUCAUGUGAGAGAGCCAAACAUGACAGAUCUCCGUAAACGUACAAAAUCACCGGCGGAGCAAACCGAGGCAGAGAAAUAUGCAAAUAAGGAAGCAAAGAAACCAACGUUCUCGUAUCGAGAAUCACCUCUUACAGUACUGAUUAGUACCUCUCUUCACAUAAGGGCGAUUUAUCACAUAUUUGUCGCUAUACUUAUCAUGUUACUGAUCGACACAGUUGUUUAUGACCUCAUAGAGCGCGGAAAGAUAAAUGUAGGAUUGAACGUGAUUGCAAAUGGUUUCGGUGACAUUGGACGAGGCGUCAGGCUAUGGCUUUUUGACUUAUCUAUAGCCCUUGCCUUUUAUCCAGCAUUGAAAAUAUAUGGAUCUAGUAGAAUGUUACUCAAAAAUUUACCAGGGUUACAGCGAGUCUGGACUGGCUUCGGGAUAAUUGGACUCGUAUCUCUGGAGACUUUGCUGAUAGCUGUGCCUACUUGGGAUCUAGGUAGACAGCAUUUGGCAAUUGCUUCCUCGGCCGCUGUCACAUGUGAAAUGUUUAGAUUUGUAAUGAAAAUUCACGCUGUCGCUAUCUCAUGUAUACCUCGCUUUCAUAAUGAGAAAAUACCGCUUCCGACAUUCAAAAGCUACCUCUAUUUCCUGUUUGCUCCAACACUCGUAUACAGAGACGAAUAUCCCAGAACAAAGAAAAUUAGAUGGGAAGUAGUCACGUUUCAUAUAUUGGAAGUGUUUGCUAUCAUAUUUUAUAACAGUUUUCUGUGGGAGCGCUUCAUCUUGCCUUAUUGGUCAGAUUAUGGAAAGCAACCAAGAAUAGAAGCAGGAACCGUAGUACGUGGCAUGUUUGCUUGUGUACUUCCUGGAGUGAUUUCCUUUUUGUGUGGCUUCUAUUGUCUCUUACACGCGUGGCUUAAUGCUUUUGCGGAAUUACUUAGAUUUGGUGAUAGACUUUUCUAUGAGGACUGGUGGACUACAUCCCAGUUUUCAAAAUACUACAGAGCAUGGAAUUUAGUUGUGCAUUCGUGGCUUCGAGAUCAUAUCUACAAACCGAUUGCGCCAUCUGCCGGAAAAGUGCUUGCUACUUUCAUUGUGUUUUUUAUAUCAUCUGUAGCACACGAGAUGGUUUUAGCACUAUCAUUUGGCUUCUUCUAUCCAGUUCUUCUGAUGGAAUUUGGAGUGCUAGGACUCUUGUUGCUGCCCCUCACAGAUGCGAUUGGCCGUCGAUUUCCACAUACUCUAAAUUUACUAAUGUGGUUAAGUUUUUUCUUUGGAAAUGGACUAUUAUGGAGCCUGUAUCCAAUGGAGUAUUUCGCUCGCCAAAAUUGCCCACCAUCGGAAAGGGACAGCUUUUUCAUGCCAAAAUCCUGGUCAUGUCCAGAGAUCAUUUUGAAACCCAACUGGACAUUCCAAAAUCCAUUUGACAUUAUACAUUAGUGUUGCAAUGCCUAUAGUUUUAUAAUGUUAAUAUUGAAAUUAUCUAUCAACAUGUGUUCACUAUGACGUUAAUUUAUUAUAUAAUUAUUAGAUUCUUACCUUAAAUAAAUUUUGAAGAACUUGUGUGCUUAUAUAUAACUUAUUAUUAUUUAUUUACUUCAUUUAAUUAAUAAUUAAAUAAAGAAGCUUAUAUAUAACUUAAGUCACGAGAUCUAGAUCUAAAACAAUAUAAGUACUUAUAUACAAUAUAAGCACCUCAUUGAACUUUAUUUAAACCACGCCUAGCAAAUAUCAAAUAACAAGAAGGUAUCGAUAUCUAGUAGGUAGGUAUUGAAUACUUAGAUAUCAUUAAUGACAAUUAGCUAGUCAACAGUCUGAAUAUAUUUUUAGUAUAUACCUACCUAUUUUCUCUUAUUUGUUAAUAAUUAAUUAUAAUUAAAAAAUUGUGUCCUGUACUGAUUAGCUAUACAACUAAAUAAACUUAUAACAAAUCAAACAGCGUAUUUUUUUAAUUAACAUUAUAUUUAGAUAAAGAAAUACAAAUGUUUUAUAAGGAUAAUUAUAAAAUUGUCUGCGUUAUAAAAGAAUAUUUUUAUCGCUCUUUCAUCUUGUGUACGAUAUAAAUGAUUAGAUAAUAGGAAUUAUUAUAACACUAAUAAAUGCUUAAUUACACGCAUCUUUACUGUCUUUACUACCUAUAUAAUCUGACACAUGGAGAUACCCAUAGACUAAUAACAUCUAGAUAAAGUGUCUCACUACUGGUGCUCGAAAAAACAGCCUUCUUUAUUAAUUAAAAAAUAAUUAAUAAUCUUAA